ACGGAGCUGUCUGCGGUCCACUCUCCACCAACUUGGGAAGAAGUGAUUUUUAAGAGAGAAGCGUCAUGAUGAAUCAAGGAGAAUACAGCCAGAGAGGAAAAGAAAUGGUGGAUUAUAUUUGCCAAUACCUGACCACGCUGAGAGAGCGGCGGGUGUCCCCUGACGUGAAGCCUGGGUACAUGAGAGACCAGUUGCCCCACAGAGCCCCUUUGGAGUCGGAAAGCUGGGACUCCAUCUUCCAAGAUAUUGAGAAGAUCAUUAUGCCCGGGGUCGUCCACUGGCAAAGUCCACACAUGCACGCCUACUUCCCGGCUCUCACCUCGUGGCCUUCUUUGCUGGGGGACAUGCUGGCAGACGCCAUUAACUGCCUGGGAUUCACUUGGGCAUCCAGCCCAGCCUGCACAGAACUGGAAAUGAACGUGAUGGAUUGGUUGGCUCAAAUGUUGGGCCUUCCUGAUAUGUUCCUGCACUAUCAUCCGGACAGCCGGGGUGGAGGCAUAUUGCAGAGCACUGUGAGUGAAUCCACUUUGGUUGCUCUGCUGGCUGCAAGAAAGAAUAAAAUUCUGGAAAUGAAAGUGUCGGAGCCAGAUACGGACGAAUCAACUCUAAACUCCCGGCUCGUUGCUUAUGCCUCGGAUCAGGCUCACUCUUCAGUGGAAAAAGCCGGGUUGAUCUCUCUUGUGAAGGUGAGGUUUUUGCCAGUCGACGAGAAUUUUUCCUUGAGAGGCGAAACUCUAAGAGAAGCCAUUGAAAAGGACAGAAGCUGUGGCCUGGUGCCUGUUUUUGUUUGUGCAACUCUGGGUACGACGGGUGUUUGUGCUUUUGACAACCUUCAAGAGCUGGGUCCAAUAUGUGCUAAAGAGGGACUCUGGCUUCACAUUGACGCCGCAUACGCUGGAACAGCAUUUCUGUGCCCGGAAUUCCGGCACUUUCUGAAUGGGGUGGAGCAUUCCGAUUCUUUUACUUUCAACCCUUCCAAAUGGAUGAUGGUCCAUUUUGACUGCACUGCCUUCUGGGUCAAGGAUAAAUGCAAGCUCCAGCAAACCUUCAGUGUUAAUCCCAUCUACCUCAGACAUCCUAAUUCUGGAUCAGCAACCGAUUUCAUGCACUGGCAAAUUCCACUGAGUCGAAGGUUUCGUUCGCUGAAGCUCUGGUUUGUGAUUCGUUCCUUUGGUGUGAAAAAGCUCCAAGCCCACGUCAGACAUGGAACUGAGAUGGCCAAAUAUUUCGAGUCGCUGGUCAGAAGCGACCCCCUGUUUGAGAUCCCUGCCAAGAGACACCUUGGACUGGUUGUGUUUCGUUUAAAGGGCCCCAACUGGAUGACGGAAAAGGUCUUGAAGGAUCUGAAUAAGUCAGGCAGGCUCUUCCUGAUCCCAGCAACAAUUCAAGACAAGUUCAUCAUUCGCUUCACUGUAACGUCUCAGUUCACAACCCGAAAAGACAUCCUGCGAGACUGGAGCCUCAUCCAACACACUGCGGCACAAGUCUUUAACCUGCGUCGUACUCCAAAACCUGUUAUCUCAGAGGAAGGGGUCCAAGUUCCCACUGUGAUAACCAGUCCCAGUCCUAAACCAAUUGGUAUUGCUUCUCAUUUUUUCCUGGAGAAAGGGGAAUGCAAGAUGUCCUCACCAAGACAAGUAACGGCACAGCCACGAAGGGCAUCUCUCAGUUCUUCGGGAUGGUUGUCCUCUGAGUGUUCCCGAGUAUCCGAGGAGUUUCCUUUGGAAGACAGCUUUGUAGAAGAUGGUUUGAAUACCCCCACCCUCUCAAUCUUGCCUGCUCAAAACAAGAAAAAGACACGAUCCCUCAGCGUGCCAACGGCUGGCCUGUGGGAGCCAAGCUGUUCAAAGGCAAGCGUCGAGGGCUCUGGCAAGAGCGGGCUUCGUGCCGCCGAGAAACUCCUUUCCAAGUUGCCCAAAGAGGUGCUGAUGCUCGAGAAAAGUGCCUUUAAGAAAUUCUUGAAAUUUUACAGUGUUCCCAGUUUUCCUGAAUGCACCGUUCAGUGUGGCCUCCAGUUGCCCUGCUGUCCCCUGCAAGCCACUGUCUAGUGCCUUCGCUAUUGCGGCCUUCCCCGAGUAGGGGAGAACCAAAGUCUGCUUAUUCUCAUGCAAUACAAUUUAUGGCCAACUUCGAUGCCUAAAAGAAUGGGAAAUAUUCAUUUUGGAAGACUCUGCUUGUUCCACUUUUUAA